UUUUUAAGUAGAAAUAGGUUCAAAGUGAUUCAUCAAUUACACUAGUUUGUUUCUUGUGUAAAUUUAUUAAGUUGAUUUCUUAUUCUAAAUUUAACAUAAUUAUUCAAUAAUGUUUCUUACUAGAUCUGAAUAUGAUCGUGGUGUCAACACCUUUUCACCUGAGGGUCGUCUUUUCCAAGUAGAAUAUGCCAUUGAGGCAAUUAAGCUUGGUACGACUGCAAUUGGUAUAGCAACUCUAGAAGGUGUUAUUUUAGCCGUUGAGAAACGAGUCACAUCUCCUCUCAUGGAGCCUGCUACAACCGAAAAAAUUGCUGAAAUUGAUGCCCAUAUCGGAUGUGCCUGUAGUGGUCUCAUGGCUGAUUCACGUACCCUUGUUGACCGUGCACGAGUUGAGGCACAGAAUCACUGGUUCUUGUACAAUGAAAACAUGUCCGUUGAAAGUUUUAUUCUUUUUCAGUCCCUAUCAUUAACAGCUGCACUUAAAGUACUAUUAACAAUUUUGAAACAAGUUAUGGAAGAAAAGUUAAAUUCAUCUAAUGUUGAAGUAGCUAUAAUUACGCCUGCAGCAGGAUAUCGAAUGUUAUCAAAGGAAGAAAUUGAAAACGCCAUCAAAGAAAUACCUGCUUAAACCUAAAUCUCCUACAGUUUUUUAUUCCUCUGUUUUCAUCAUUGACUAAGCGUGUAACUUGGUCUAAUAAAUGAUUAAAAAUUAACUGAACUAAUUUUAUGUCUA